AUGGAAACCCCAUCACCUGUCCGAAAAUCUAAGAGAAAGCAACCAUCUGCUGAACAAACUAUCCCUCAGGAAACCACUGGAAGCAAAAAGAGGAAGAAGAACAUUCAAGCUCAACAGCCUGAAAGCCAGCCUGAUGUAUCUGCAGUUGCACCUCUUGAAAUGAUCACUCCUCAAUUCAUGUCUGAUGAAUAUGCAGCAAGAUGGGACUCCAUAAACCAAAGAAUACUCUUGAGUGAAAGAUAUCUUGAUGUUGAAAAGUUCAAAUCCCAGUGCCAACUCAUGCCAGUAUUUGACAAGUUGAAUCUUGUCAAGUCUGUGACAACUCAGAUGAGCUACCCACCUAUUGCUAUAAAGGAGUUUUAUGCAAACCUAAUGAAGAGCAUCAAGGAGGCUGGAUCACAACUGUAUGGGCGUGUCUGGCUGAGAGGAAAUGAAUACAAUUUUGAUACCCGCACUAUCAACCUAUAUCUGGGCAUUGAUGCAAGUAAUAUUGAGGAUCCAAUUAUAGGGGCAAAUACCAUCACAAAGGUCAUUAAUGGAGGAACUUAUAGCUAUUGGCCUGCUGAAACCAACAUGCUGCCUGCCAAAUCACUGACAACGAAAAAACUACAGUUAAAGGAAAGCAAAGUGAAGCUACCUUUUCCCUGCACAAUUUAUGGAGUACUGCGCACACAAGGAUUCAAACCUGAGCAGAAUGAACCUAUGGAAUCCCCUAAAGUUAGAAUGAUAGAUGCCCGACUCAAACAAGGAACUCAUGUGCUUGACAUCUUUCCAGAACAUGCAAGUAGCUCAGCUCCAGCCUUGAACCUAGAUGCCCCUUUCACCAGCAAACUCACAGCCCAGCACCUUGACAGAAGCAUCAAAGAUCUCAACACAAUCAUACAAAUACUUGUUGAAAAGAGAACAGUUGAGAGAUCAUGCAAUUGA